UGAUGUCAGACACUGUGCGCCGGGAGCUGUCAGCUCUGCGCUGCUGAAGCUUCCGCGACAGGCAGAUAUAGAAGCAGACUAUUACCCCUGUAAUAAACAACAAAGGGAGCGCAAUCAUGGACAGCGAUGAUGACAACAUGGAAGAAGUGGUGGAAGGACCACUGGAUGAGGAUGACCAACCUCAUGGUUUCUGCACUGUGACUUACUCCUCCAGCGACAGAUUUGAGGGACACUUUGUUCACGGGGAGAAAAAUGGAAAAGGAAAAUUCUUCUUUUUUGAUGGCAGUACGCUAGAGGGUUUCUAUGUGGAUGAUGCUUUGCAGGGCCAGGGCGUUUAUACUUAUGAGGAUGGGGGAGCAUUGCAUGGGACUUAUGUAGAUGGCGAGCUCAAUGGACUUGCUCAAGAGUUCAAUCCAGAAGGUCAACUUGUCUUCCGGGGACAGUACAAGGACAACAUUCGCCAUGGCGUGUGCUGGGUCUACUACCCGGAUGGUGCCUGUGUGGUUGGGGAAGUAAAUGAAGAUGGAGAGAUGACAGGAAAGUCGGUGGCUUAUGUUUAUCCUGAUGGGCGUACGGCUCUGUGUGGCUCCUUUGUUGAUGGAGAACUGAUCGAGGCCCGACUUGCCACUCUUACCACCCAAGACAACGGUCGACCACACUUCACUGUUGAUCCAGAUAGUCCUGUUUACUGCUACGAUAAAUCCACCUCGUCAUGUAUCGCUGGUCAUAAACUGUUGCCUGACCCCUACGAAAGUCAACGUGUGUAUGUUGGACAGUCACUUAUUUCCGGAGCUGGAGAAGGGCUGUUUGCAAAAAAUGAAGCUGAGGCUAACACAGUGAUGGCUUUUUACAAUGGUGUCCGCAUUACACAUACAGAGGUGGACAGUCGUGACUGGUCCCUGAACGGGAACACUAUUUCUUUGGAUGAGGACACUGUGAUUGAUGUACCGGAGCCUUUCAAUUUGACUGAGAAUUACUGUGCAUCUCUAGGUCACAAGGCCAAUCACUCCUUCACUCCCAAUUGCAAAUAUGAUCCGUACGUCCAUCCUCGUUUUGGGCAAAUAAAAUGCAUCCGAACAAUCCGUGCUGUGGAGAAAGAUGAAGAACUCACCGUUGCUUACGGUUAUGACCAUGAGCCAUCAGGGAAGUCUGGUCCAGAGGCACCAGAAUGGUACACAAAGCAAUUGCUGGAGUUUCAGCAGAGGGAAUCUGGAAAAGGUGCUGACGAGACCUGCUAAGACCCUCACCACUGCUCGCCACCGAAAAAAAACAUUAUCUCCCAUCCCAGCCUAUAACUACCACCAAAACUCUCUAACUUUAUUCUUCAACCUUGCAGCUAACACUAACAAGUAAUCACUCUUCUGAACAGUUUUCUGUCAUCCUCAUCAGUUUACAAGGAUUGUAACUGUGAAAUCCUCGCUCAGAUGACUGAGCAAGCUGCAAAAUUCUAUGGUUCUACAAUUUGGAAGGACUAAUAUGUGUGUCGGUGACUGAUUUGGUUGCACUAUGAGAAUUCAGAGACUGAAAAAGAGCAAGUGAUUUAAAAGGCAUUUUGACUGAAAUCCGAGAAGUGGAAGGGAGUUUGAAAGUGUUAAAGACCGUUGUCACUAUUUCUUUAGGUUUAUGACUUCUAUACCACAACUUGUGAUAACUAUGCAGUAUUAAACCAGUAUAGUGUCUUUUGCUGCUCUGCUCAUGUUUCCCCUGAAAACUUAAAAUAUAGAUAUUUUUUAUGUUGGUAUUACCAACAAUUAUUCUUGUAAUUUCUUGUCUCCUUGUGCAUGUGCAAACAGUUACAGUUACAUUUAAAUAGGCUCUUGUAGUCUUAAAGUACAGUAUUACACAGACAAACCUAUUUGUUUUUUUAUUUGUGAUAUUUUUUUAAAAAUGGAAUAUCAUUAAGAGAAAGUUAAGUGAGGUGUUCCUUAUAUGUGGGGAAAAGACUGAACAGAAUGUAAAGCAUUUGAGAAUAAGGCACAAGGUUAAGAGAAAUCUUUCUACUGAAUUGAAAUGAACUUCAGCCUUUGAUACGCAAACGCUAUCAACAAAGAUUUAUCAAUAAAAACUCCGGCAUAG